AUGAUUGUGUACGGCAGUGACGGGGUAGUGGUGGUGGAUGAGGACGGACGGAUGACGGACGGACGGACGGACGUACGGACGGGUUCCACAGGGCAGCGAGGAGGCGAGGCGAGGCGACCGCGGCGGACACAAAAUACUGGCCUUUGCUGCAACGCUCCGCCCACCGGUGCCGCUAGACCUUACCGACGAUGUCGCAACGCGAAGGCGAUGACGUCGUCGGACGAUGCGACAUCGUUGUUCGGACGAGGUUGA